AUGACGACGACUUCAAGGGCUUGGCAGGUUCCCUUGACUGCUGACCAAAAAGCUGGCUUAGAUAGGUCGAUUAUUGAAUAUAUAACAUGGCAUUAUAAAACAGGAGAUAACAAAUCAAAUAUAGGGAAAGAUGAUAUGUUGGAGAGUCUCCAUAAGCUAUUUGACCUUCCCAGUGACCCAAAUGGACAGAAAAAGGAUAAUAUUCAGCUAUUGUUGCCCAGAAAAUGGAAUUCUAUCGUUCAAUUGCAAAAGAAGAUAAUGCAAUUAGAGAAAAGUUGUGAUGAGUUAACUACUCAGGUAAGUACAUUGAAGCAAAGUUACGGUAGCAAUGGUCAAGAUGUUGACCUACAAAAUAUAACAGAGACAUUGAGCAAAAAUUGGAUACCUAAAAAUUCACCUUUUACUUCAAUUUCAACUGAAUCUCCAGUUACAGCAACUAAAUUGCAUCCCACAUUACCUAUUUCGUUCAUCACUACUGAGCAUGGUAAGCUCUAUGCAUAUGACCUGAUGGAUUCUUCACUUCCGUUGGCAUCCAUCCAGGCACAUACGAGAAGUAUAACAUCCAUAGACAUACUAUUAGUACCGAAGGAUGGUAGUAACAGUUCCAAUGAUACAGCUACGUACCAAACACUGAUUGCAACCAGUGCAAAGGAUCUACAAAUACAUAUCUAUGAGUUUAUCCCACAGACAAAUAAGAUAUCUCUUCUCAGAUCUUUGUUGGGGCACGAUCAUAUUAUUUCACAAAUAAAAUUUAUCAAAAACACACAACACAUAGACCCUUUGCUUGUGUCCUGCUCAAGAGACACAACAAUUAAAGUUUGGAACACCAAAAAUGGAUUCUGUCUCAAAUCUAUAAAAGCUCAUAAUGAGUGGAUCCGGUCUAUUGACGUGCUUGGGGAUUACAUCCUGUCAGGGUCUCAUGACACAACUAUUCGUCUAACUCAUUGGCCGUCAGGAAACGGUUUGUCAAUGGGUACAGGCCACUCCUUCCCGGUAGAAUGUGUGAAACUGAUACCGUUUGAUGAUGCCAAUAUAGCAGAUGAAUCAGAGGAUACUAUCAACAGUGAUGAAGAAUACAGGAAAUUGGGGUUUAAAUAUUGUGCGUCAGGUUCAAGAGACGAUACAAUCAAAAUUUGGGAGAUUCCGCUACCGAGGUUUCCUACCAAUAGACCACCAAUUCCCCAUCAAAAUAAUAUUCUUAACAAAUUUAAAAAUAAAUAUACACUGGUGGGCCAUUCGUCGUGGAUUAGGGAUAUUAAGCUAAAUCAUAACUCUAAUUUAUUGUUUUCAUGUAGCGACGAUAAGUCAAUUAGAUGUUGGGAUAUUAAAAAUGGGGGCAAAUGUAUAAAAGUCUGGAAAGAUAUUCAUGCAGGGUUUAUAAAUUGUCUCGAUUUAGAUUCAGCCUCGGAUACAAAAAAAUUCAAUUUAAAGAGACAAAUACUAGUUAGUGGCGGAUUGGACUGUAAAUGUAAUAUUCUAAUGAAAUAA